CUUCACAUAGUCAAUUACCUGCAAGUUGUGCUGACGAUGCCUCAUGCAGAGUCUCCAGAGGCCAUGGAGGCCGAUUCGACUUCUCAGCAGAAUCUCGAGGCCAUAUUUGACGAUGACGACUCCUCGGACGAAUUCACAUCUUCUGCGCCGGCGGCGACGGCACCGUCUGCGGGACCUGUCCAGGCCGCGUUCACAGACAGCGAAGUGAUGCGUGCCUUCUAUCAGCGAUUGCUACCAUUCAGGUACCUUUUUCAAUGGCUGAACCAUUCGGCGGCGCCGACGAAUGACUUCAUGCAUCGCGAAUUCGCAUUUACUCUCCCGAACGAUGCAUAUCUGCGAUACCAGUCCUUCAGAAAUGCAGAUGAGCUACGCAAACAGUGCAUGCAAAUGAUCCCUUCGCGCUUUGAAAUUGGUCCCGUCUAUUCAACCAACCCACGAGAGCGAAAGACCUUGCGAAAAGCAUCCAUGUUUCGUCCUCUAAGCAAGGAGCUCGUCUUCGAUAUCGAUCUUACGGACUACGACGGUAUUCGAACAUGCUGUACGGGUGCGAAAAUCUGCAGCAGGUGUUGGCAGUGGAUACCAAUGGCUAUCAAGGUUGUCGAAGCUGCAUUGCGAGACGACUUUGGCUUCAAGCACAUUCUAUGGGUGUACUCCGGUCGAAGAGGUGCACACGCUUGGGUUUGCGACAAGAAAGCCAGGGAGAUGAGCGAUGAUCGGAGGAAAGCCAUUGCGGGAUACCUCGAGCUGCUGAAGGGCGGCGACAAGGGUGGAAAGAAGGUUAACUUGAGACGGCCGCUCCACCCGCAUGUCGAACGAAGCCUCGACCUUCUUCGCGAACACUUUAAGACUGAUAUUUUGCAAUCCCAAGAUCCAUGGGAGUCUGCCGAGAAAUAUCCCGAUCUUCUCGCUCUUCUUCCUGACUCGACUCUAAACGCAGCCCUCGCCUCCAAAUGGGAAUCCUCGCCCGGCCGCUCCUCAACUCAAAAAUGGAACGACAUCAAGACUGAGGCCGAGUCCGGCGUCUCGGCGAAACUCGAUCAAGACGCGCUCAAUGACGCGAGACAGGAUAUUAUUUUAGAAUACACAUAUCCGCGACUUGACGCAGAGGUCUCUAAAAAAUUGAACCAUUUGUUGAAGUCUCCAUUCUGCGUGCACCCAGGUACAGGCCGAGUUUGCGUGCCGAUCGACACACGCGACAAUAACGUGGAGAAUUUUGAUCCAUUCGAUGUCCCUACCGUGACAGAGCUACUUAGCGAGAUUGAUGAGUGGGACGCAAAGAAUUCAAAUGUUGAUGCAGAAGGAGACAGUCAGAUGGCCUCGACAGACGCCUCUGACGCUAGUUCUUCUGCAAAGAAGGUGCAAGACUGGGAGAAGACGAGGCUAAAGCCGUACGUGGAAUACUUUAGACGCUUUGUGAACAAUCUACUCAACGACGAGAUGAAGAGCGUAAAGAGGGAAAGAGAGGAUGCGGAGCCCAUGGAGUAUUAAUGAUACGAGAGUUUAAUGACUGCAAGUGCAACGCGAUACCACUCAGUUUAUUGUGGGUGAGAAACAUUAUGUACUGUUCACGUUAAUCACCUUCGUUCUUCCGAAGUAUACUUUUCCAGCUGGCCUGUAGCAGCACACCAGUCAACUUCCGACCUAUUAUCAGGACAUGGUGCCGAUGAAAUAUCAUUCCUCAGUGGCAAAUCUUUUUUCAGUUCAUCAUGGCUUUCUAUAAAUACGGCAAAUUGAACAGU